AUGACCCAAGACGAAGUUUGGAAAUUCUCCCAAUGUUUUGGCGACAAAGGUGACAUUGAGAAUAUAACUGAAGCCGAUAUAAUCUCUACCGUGGAAUUCGACCAUACCGGUGAUUUCUUAGGUACUGGAGACAAGGGAGGACGAGUUGUCUUGUUUGAAAGAAACCAAUCCAAGAAGAAGUCCAGCUGUGAAUAUAAGUUCUUUACUGAAUUCCAAAGUCAUGAUGCUGAAUUUGAUUACUUGAAAUCGUUGGAAAUUGAAGAAAAGAUUAACAAAAUUAAAUGGUUAAGAAGUUCCAACAAUUCCCUUUAUUUAUUAAGUACAAACGACAAAACCAUCAAGUUAUGGAAGAUUGUAGAAAGACAAAUUAAAUUAGUUGCCGAGAAUAACUUGAAUGGUCUGAGUCAUUUACCUAAUUCCAAUUUCAAUAUUUCAUCAUUAAAAUUGCCCCAAUUACAAGUGCAUGAUAAAUUAAUCACGGCCCAACCUAAAAAGAUUUAUUCCAAUGCUCAUGCUUAUCAUAUAAACUCCAUUUCCAUCAAUUCUGAUCAAGAAACAUACUUGAGUUCUGACGAUUUAAGAAUCAAUUUGUGGAACUUGAACAUUGCUGAUCAAUCGUUCAAUAUUGUUGAUAUUAAACCUACCAAUAUGGAAGAAUUGACUGAAGUUAUCACCAGUGCUGAAUUCCAUCCAUUACACUGUAAUUUAUUCAUGUAUAGUUCCUCCAAGGGGACCAUUAAAUUAUCGGAUAUGAGAACCAAUUCUCUUUGUGAUAGUCACGUCAAGAUCUUUGAAGAAUACUUGGACCCAUCAAGUCAUAAUUUCUUUACAGAAAUUACCAGUUCAAUUUCUGAUGUUAAGUUUAGUCAUGAUGGAAGAUACAUUGUGUCUAGAGAUUACAUGACGGUUAAAAUAUGGGAUUUGGCCAUGGAAAACAAACCUAUAAAGACCAUCAAUGUCCAAGAACACUUACGAGAAAGAUUAUGUGACACGUAUGAAAAUGAUGCUAUAUUUGAUAAAUUUGAAGUCCAAUUUGGGGGCGAUAACAAAUCAGUAAUGACUGGAUCAUACAAUAACAAUUUCAUGAUUUAUCCGAACGCCGUCAGUGGCAAUAGUGGAUCCCCUACUAGUUCUUCCACGAUGUCCACGGGAAAGCCACUUUUCAAGACUAAUUCGUUCAAGAAGAAAAAGAAGAAGCCAGAAUACGAAGAUGACGAUGACGAUGACAGUGACGACGAAGACCAAUCCGACGCUCAAGUACCACCAAACAAGAACUCACCUAAUUCGCAAUUGGAUGAUGAAGAAGACCAAGAAGAAAUUGUUUUGCAAGCCGACAAAUCUGCAUUCAAGUCAAAGAAGUCCGGCCACCAUCCAAUGAGACGAAGAAUGAUGAGUGGUGUGGGUAACAGUUUGACUGGAGGAGACUUUGAUGAUAUAGAUUUCAAGAAAAGUAUAUUACAUUUAUCAUGGCAUCCUAGAGAAAAUUCAGUUGCAAUUGCUGCUACGAAUAAUUUAUACAUUUUUUCCACAUUAUAA